ACAAGCAUGUUCAUAUGUUUGGGGAAUGUGUAGCUAAAGAAUCUGAUCUGGAGGCGGUCACUUCUCUAUUGGUUGCUUUUCACAGAUGUAUGAUUGGCUUGGAACAAACAGAUAAUCUUCCUCAGAAUAAUUGUCCUGUUGAUUAUGAUGGAUCUCAAAUUCCUCUGAUUGGUUUCCAGUUUGAGGCUUUGCCUGAGGAUCUUGAAGGAAAAUCUGGAUGGGCAGAUGCCGAGAUACAUCAUUUACUAACACUGAUAGUUUCUAACCUCAGGAGGCUCAACCAAUGCUCGUCUCUUGUUGUUUCAAAAAAUAGAAGGCCAAGAAGGGCAGCAAGAUUGUGGUUAAGAUAUGCUGGAGGUGCUGUUGGUCUUGCAGCUUGUUCAGGGUGGCUUCUAAGUCAUAGUAAGUUGAUGGGUAGUACGGAUCUUGAUCGUUGGCUUGAGGAAGGAAGAGGUUCCACAAUUGCAUUUUGGAAGGACCAUGUAGAGUCACCG